ACUGAUCAGAGUCUCUGUGUCGUCUGUCUGUGUGACAGUGAACAACCGUCCAAAUGGCUCAUCAGGGAGUUCUGCUGGACCAGGACCAGUUCUGUUGUUCUGUCUGUCUGGAUCUACUGAAGGAGCCGGUCACUAUUCCCUGUGGACACAGUUACUGUAGGAGCUGUAUUGAGGGCUGCUGGGAUCAGGAUGAUCUGAAAGGGGUCUAUAGCUGUCCUCAGUGCAGACAUACCUUCACUACAAGGCCUAUGCUGAUGAAAAAUAACAUGUUGGCUGAGCUGGUGGAGAAACUGAGAAAGACAGGACUCCAGGCUGCUCCCUCUCCUGCUCUGUGCUAUGCUGGAUCUGGAGAUGUGGCGUGUGAUUUCUGCACUGGGACCAGAAAGCAGAAAGCCCUCAUGUCCUGUCUGGCGUGUCUGGCCUCUUACUGUGAGACUCACCUCCAACCUCACUAUGAAUUUCCUGCUUUGAAGAAGCACAAGCUGGUCAAAGCCACGGCACAACUACAGGAGAAGAUCUGCUCUCAUCAUGACAAACUGCUGGAGGUUUACUGUCGUACCGAUCAGCAGUGUAUCUGUUAUCUGUGUACAAUGGAUGAACAUAAAGGCCAUGAUACAGUGUCAGCUGCAGCAGAGAGGACUGAGACACAGAAGCAGCUGGGGAUGAGUCAGCAGAAGGUCCAGCACAGAUUCCAGGAGAGAGAGAAGGAGCUGAAGGAGCUCCAACAGGCUGUGGAGUCUUUCAAGCGCUCUGCACAGUCAGCAGUGGAGGACAGUGAUCAGAUCUUUACUGAGCUGAUCCGCUCCAUUGAGAGAAGGAGCUCUGAGGUGAAGGAGCUGAUCAGAGCCCAAGAGAAGGCUCAAGUGAGUCAAGUUGAAGGACUCCUGGAGCAACUGAAGCAGGAGAUAGCUGAGCUGAGGAAGAGAAGCACUGAGCUGGAGCAGCUCUCACACACAGAGGAUCACAUCCAUUUCCUCCAGAGUUAUCAGUCUCUCUCCAGUAUCAGUGUAUCUUCAGACUUACCCAGCAUCGUUGUCCGUCCUCUUCAGUACUUUGGAGAUGUGAGUAAGACUGUGUCUGAACUGAGAGAGAAACUAGAAGACUUCCUUAAAGGAGAAUGGACCAAGAUCUCCACUACAGUGAAUAUAGUGGAUGUUGUACUGCCUCCAGAGCCCAAGACCAGAGAACAGUUGUUACAAUAUUCCUGUCAGCUCACACUGGACCCAAACACAGCAUACACACACCUCUCUCUGUCUGAAGGGAACAGAAAGGUGACCGAUACACGCAAAUUCCAACCAUAUCCUGUCCAUCCAGACAGAUUCACCAACUGGUACCAGGUUCUGUGUAGAGAGGGUCUGUCUGGACGCUGUUACUGGGAGGUGGAGAGGACUGGUUAUGUUGUUACAGCAGUCUCAUAUAAAGACAUCAGCAGAACAGAGAGAGGUAAUGAUGGUGGAUUUGGAAACAAUAACAAGUCCUGGAGUUUAAAGUGCUAUAGAGGUGGUUAUUGGUUCAGACACAAUAAUGUUGAGACUAAAGUAUCAGGCCCUCAGUCCUCCAGAGUAGGAGUGUACCUGGAUCACAAGGCAGGUACUCUGUCCUUCUACAGUGUCUCUGACACAAUGACCCUCCUCCACAGAGUCCAGACCACAUUCACUCAGCCCCUCUAUCCUGGGUUUUGUCUCAAUGGUACUGCUGAGCUGGUUAAACUGUAGUAGGGUCCACAUAGAUACUAGUCAUGCUGGUGUAGUCUAUAGCUGAGCUGGUUAAACUGUAAACUGAUUUGUUAUUCAUUAAAAUUCAAUACAAUGUUUUAAUCUUGUACAUUUCCAUGAAUCAUGAUGUCUGGUGUUGAUGUAUAUUGGUUGUCAUUCAGAACCAUUGAUAUGUUUUCUCAGUUGGUUCUCUGUCUCUAUGUAAUUCUCCUCAGUAUCAUUGAUCAGCUUGUUGGCUCGGUCCUAAUUGAUGUGUUCUCUGUUACCUGGAGCUGCAUGGAAAAUGGUCCAGGAACUAAAGGACAAUUCAGGACUAGUCAGCCCACUACAAGCUGGUAUCACUUACUUUCUACUAAACUAUAUGGUCUGGUUUCCCAGACACAGAUUAAUCCUAGUCCUGGACUAAACAGUAUGUUCAAUGUAGAUGUCCAGGAAACUGGCCCUAAAUGUGUCAUCUUUCAUCCUCCCAUACUGCUCAGUCCAGCAACAUUAAACCUGUCCAGCAGGUGGUGCUGUUGACCAAACAAUAAAACCAGCAGAUCUCUUGACUUGCCACUCAGUAUAUCAGUAACGUUCAGAAUAGUACUUUAAUAUCAUUGGAGAUUGAUGGUCUUUUUAAUCCACUAUCCAGAGUCAGGAACAGAUGAAGUUAGGUCUGCUACUGUUCAGUGAUUAAAUAUGAUUUAUGGUGAUGGGAAAUAAUAAAAAACACUCAACU